CCCUUUUUUUAAAUGUAGGCUAUUGCAGGCCGGCUCUGUAAUUUUGGAAUCUGUCCUUGUGUAUGGCGGACGGGAAAAUUCCUCACCAGGAACGGUGACACAACCUCCCCCCCCGGUGUGGGAGCUGUGAGCGGACAGCCCGCACGAUCCGGACUGUCGUCUUUUUGACGGCUCGUUACAUUAUUUGCUCCAAAAAAAUGUAACGUAGCGUGUCGAAGCGGCGAGGGGGGGCAAACACAAGACUGGAGGGAAAUUUCUAACAUUUUUGAAUUUCCUCAUAACUAAUUCACAUUUUUCCCCUCCCCCGGAGGAGGAAGCCGUUGUUGCAGACACCCCUGGCCGAAGGGAGGCUUUUUCGUCGGGAGUGUUUUCGCAUGAGCCACGGCGCUUUUGGAGUUCAGGGUCGGAGAAGGUGGAGUCAUGAGUGCACAAGAGUCACCCAGGGUUGGAGAAGGCGGAGUCACGAGUGCACAAGAGUCACCCAGGGUUGGAGAAGGCGGAGUCAUGAGUGCACAAGAGUCACCCAAUCCCGGCAAGGAGCUCGGAAGCGGCGGCAGCAACGGUCCCCCUUCGACUUCCGCCGUGGUCAGCCAGGACGCCGGCUUGCCUCCGGUCACGAUCAAGAAGGAACCGGGCACCACGGAGACGAGCAACGGCACCUUUGGUGACGCCAACCCGGCGGAGAUCUGCGUCGUCAUCGGAGGAAACGACGGCAAAGCGAGCGGAGGCGGAUCUCGCAGAGGCCAGACGGAGGGUAUGUUCGCUCUUGGUACUCCUCCCCCAACCAAGAGCACAGACUCGUGCAUAGGUUCCUAUGUAUGUGGAGUUUGUGGGAAGAAGUACAAGUAUUACAACUGCUUCCAGACGCACGUUAGAGCACACAGAGAAUCUGAGAGCAUGGUUGCGGAUCUGCAACCAACGCCCAACAGUGGCUUCCGUUAUUCCUGUGACAUCUGCGGCAAGAAGUAUAAAUACUACAGCUGCUUCCAGGAACACCGUGACCUGCACGCAGUGGAUGAUCCAUAUGAGCAGGUCAUGAUACCCAUCGAUGGCCUUAAAGAGGAGGAGCCGGUUGAAUCCUAUCCUAAAAUUGGACCAAAAACGGGCAGCUUUGUUUGUGAGUUCUGCGGGAAGCAGUACAAAUAUUUCAACCCCUACCAGGAGCACGUUGCGCUUCACACACCCAUGAGCUCCUUUGAUUUGACGGCAUCUCGAGUGCAGGAGUGCGGAAGCUUGGACAUGAGUAAAUUUGGCCACAGCCAAACUGAUAAGAUUAAAACCAGUCACUUCAGACGGAAACUGGAGAAUGCAUUACAGUCUAGCCUGGUUGACACAAACAGUUCACGGAAUUCUAGUGGCACGCCAAGCCCUCUGGUGGCCACUUCCUUCCCGACACCUCAGAAACCCUACACUUGUGGUGCCUGUGGCAUCCAGUUCCAGUUCUACAACAACCUGCUGGAGCACAUGCAGUCCCACGCUGCCGACAACGAGAACCACACCAAAGGAGACUCUCCAAAAGCCUCCUCAGCCUCGGGUCCUCAGGAGCCGCUUUGGAGAGCGUCUCCGGCUCAGGCACCGCACCCUCCCGUCAAACUACAGAUACAACCUCAAAGUCUCGUCCAGAGGAACCACAAUAUCACCCAUAAUAAUGGGCUGCCUGAGAAGGAGCGGCUACAGGUGGCUGAGCGUCUCUUACGGGUAAUGUGUUCUGAUCUGAACAUGCUCAACGUGCUCAACAGCAAGGACUUCCUCAAGCUGGCACAGACGUUGGUGGACACGGGGGCACGUCACGGUGCUUACUCCACCCGUGAUGCCCUCGGCAACAUGAGUGCCUUGGCGCUGCGUCAGCUACCCCGCAUGUACAACCAGGUCAAGGUCAAGGUGACGUGCGCCCUCGGCUCCAACGCCUCUCUUGGCAUCGCCGUCACCUGCCACUCCCAGACAUCAGGGCCGGACGCUUGCUACGUUCUAACAGCGUACCAGGUGGAGGGGUCGAGACUGAAACGCUACGUUCUUGGCGUGCGGGAGGCGGAGCUGAGGGAGGGGCCGGAGCAGAUUCACCACUGGGUCCAGAAUGUAUUGUCUGAAUUUGUGAUGUCAGACAUUCGCACUGUGUACGUGGCGGAGCCCCGGGUGUCGGCGGCCGGAUUCGGGGUCUCUUCGCUCGGUGGCAGGGGCAGGAUAUGCUUACGCUGCGCCGGGUGUUCGCUCGGCGCAGUGGUACAGGCAGUCCUCGGGAAACGUAGCCUUCAGGCUCGAGGCCUUCACGAGCUGGCCGAACUCCUCGCCACAUGCAAGGACAUCUCCACCUCCACCACACUGACACUGAGGGAGGAGCAGCACACCAAUGCUUCCCUUAGCAUGACCGAAGAAGGAGCGCAGGGCAGCGCUGCCCAGUGCCCCACCCCUCCCUGUUGGGACCGUACGGCCGAGGCCCUUCUGCAGGUCCAUGCCCACUUUGAGCACAUCUGUGAGACAUACGGACGCAGUAAGUCCACAGCGCCGCUGCUCCAGGGACUCAACAAGCAUUUGCUCGGCACGCUGACUUGUCUGCUGGCUCCUCUGCGCCUGGCAGCGCUGGAGCUGAGCAGCCAAAGGAGACCCACCCUGCAGCAGGUGCUUCCCGUCUACCUGCGCCUGGAGAAGUUUUUCACUUCCAAAGCCGGAGAAGCGGGAACCGGCAUGGCCAGCAAACUCUGCCACUACUUCCUAGAAGCGCUCAAGGAGAACUUUAAGGUUGAGCGAGCCCACCAGGUGGCGAUGGUGUUGGACCCUCAACUCAAGCUACGUUCAGUUCCCGCUUACCAGCACGAGGACAUCAUCUCCCGCGCCUGCGAACUUGCCGCCGAACCCAGGGACGGCGGCAUGACCGCGGCCGGGGCGUCGUGCGGCGAGGAGCGGGACGCCGACGGCCCUCCCAUGCCCAAAAUCACCCGAGUGGAGGGGGCGGGAAACAACGGCGGCCUUUCCAGGAUGACCUUGUCCACCAACGACGAGAGUCAAAGCCACGUCAGGCAAGAGAUCUUCCAGUACCUGGCGGAGCCUCUCCUCCAAGGCACCACCGAUCUCUUCCACUACUGGAGCGCGACAAUGGGCGACAGGUUCCCCAAGCUUGCCCGCCUGGCGCUGUGGCUCCUGGCUGUGCCGGCGGUGGGCAUACGAAGCGAGUGCGUAACUGUGUGCGAGCAGAGCCUGGCCAUGAAGAGGAGGCAGCAGGUAACCGCCGAAGAAAUGAACAAACUCAUUUUCCUUCGCUCCAACAUGGGCUAACCAACCAAACCUUCACCUUCCACCAGAGACUUAUUUAUAUACACUAAGGCCGACUGUAAAGCUAAAUGUGUAUGGAGAGGCGGGAAAAAAAAAAAAGAAGACAUUUUUAGGUUGCAAGCACUUGGAACAGUAAGGCUUGUCGCAUACUAAAUGACACACUGACAAGUAGAUGUUCAGUGCUUUCGGGACGGAGCAGUUAUGUGAGUGUCAGGUGAGCCUCUUUUGUCUGGCUUGAAGACUCAACUGCUUUAAAGGCUACAUGCUGUUAGACUUACGGGAUGGCAGGUAAGGUCAGUAAGAGUGAGCUUGCUGGCAUAAAUACAACACACAAAACGGUUCAGAAAUUUCACUGCCUUUUGCACCUCUUCAGUCAUUUGUGGCAAUGACGCCAAGAUUUUUUUUUUAUUUCAACAACCGCCUCCCCAAAAUCUGCUCAACCACUCACCUUUUUGUUCAAAAAGGUUCAGUACACUAAGAGUUGAUUACAAUCUUAUGCCCUUGUCAUACGCUAACAUCGUCCACUGUUUCUUUUGGCUGGAUUUACACCGCAGGGCCAAGUGGCUACUUCCGAGGACCCUGAAUCGACUUUUUUUGUAUUAUUGUUAUUAUUUUAUCUUUUACAUCUACAUUUCAAGUGUCACACACUGUACCCGAUAAAGCCGAGUUUACGAUCUACAAUAUGAUCCAAAUUCUGCGCAAAUGAGUAUACAAGCAUCGACGCCAGGCAUUGAGACAGAAGAGAAAAAAAAAUCAUAGAAAUAUUUAACAUUAUGAUGAUAUGAGAGCCACCUCAGCAUUGCUCCACUGGCUACGCUCUCCAAAAAUGUUACUUCUUUAAUGAUGGCCUUGCAUUUUUCAUUGCAGUGUUUUUUCUUGAUAAAUACUGUUUCAUUUGAGCAGACGUGGACGUGUGUAAAUGUGUCACCAUAUGUCAAAUGCAUUUGGAUGACCUCAAGAUCACGUGGAUCAGCCAUACGUUUAAUGCUGUACCCGCAUUGGCAGAUAUGUUUGAUACGUUGGAUGUUUGUAUCCACAUCUGACAGGUCUAAUUUUGAUGUGAACAUACCUAAUUCAUAGCAUUUUUCUUCUUCUUUUUCCACUUCUGUGACGCAUAUUCACAUCGACAACAAAACCUCUGAAUUGUGCCACUUGAAUCAUGCAGUGUAAAUCCAGCCUUUGUCUCCUGCUGCUACAUGUGCUAGCUGCACUGCUUGGCUUAUGGGCACUCUGAUCAGACUUUUGGGGUUUUUGCGAUGAUUGUGUUAACAGUUAGCAUCAUACUUAGGGUACAGCCAAGCUUAUAUUGAAUAUAUUUAAAUCACAAGGCAGUUUUAGCUUGCUCACUGUAGAAAAACAUGCUGACCUGCUGUCGAUUUUAAACAUGUUGUUUAUAUGUUUUGGGUUUUUUUUUUUUUUUUUUUUUUGCAGUAAUUUGAAUAGUCUUGGUUCUGGUAAAUGCAUAACUUCUAGAACCCCCUUUUUUUUAAUCAAUAUAGUUUAGUCUUCCGUAAGUGGGGCUUCAUGUGUUCUUUUCUCGAGGCAAUAAGCUACGGCUCAUGGUUAAUAGGGUAAACGACAGAAUCUACCAAAAGAGAUUGGUGGCGGACGCGCUGCUCCCACCGUCAAUUGGCGAUCGCUUUGUUUUUGUGGGAAUCAAAACGGAAAUCUCUCCCAAAGGAAUACAUUAGCCUGACAUUCCCCUUCACUGUACUUUGACCUCCAUUUUGAGCGACACGCGUGCACCCUCAAAUACAGCUCGUCAUGUCAUUUGAAAUGAGCACGUUGUAUGAGAGACACAUGCCCUGGCACGCCCACUAAUCCCCCUACCUAAGGGCCACCGACGUCCCCCUAAUGAAAUCAAGUUACUUUUAUUUUUUUUGAGGGGGUGUGCUAAUACCUCUUUUAAUUGCCUUGGAUGAAUGGCAUACACAUCUUCUGUUACUAUAUUUGUAUGCUGUCAAUAUUUGGGUUCAGGUCAAAAUUCUGGUUCCUGAAACAUUCGGGAUAAGCCGGUUGGUUCCCUGCCUGAGCAGAGUUGCUCUGUCACGGUAAUUGUCCCGAAAUGGUAAUUGUGCUCAAUUGGAAUAUCCUCAUCUAAACGGCAACGCACGGACAACGUCAUGACGCGAGUAGGCGUCAUUUCCGCUUCUUUCUUUCUACCAUCAAUAAAAUACGUUCACGUUGAUCACCUCACUAAUAAUGUCAUAGGCUUCCUCCUCACUCCACAAGCGUGGUGCUGUGCCGUGUCUGAGGUUUGCCUUGUUUGUGUACCUCUGCUUGUGUAUUUACGGUGGGCCGCGUGCCAGAUGCCCCCUCCAAGUAAUUUCUGUAUUCAAAACACCAAAUUCCUUGUGGAUAAACCAUGCGCAGAACAUAAUUGGGCGUUUCAGUGGGGAUAUUCCAAUACGUGUUUACAUGACCAAAUAUUCGGGUUCAAACCAGAGUCUUAUUUGAGAUUUUCAAAACCGGAAUAGAGCAAAUUGGGGUUUUUGCGGGUUGCCUUGCGCAACCGGAGCGUUGCUAAUAUUCCGCUUUUGAAAGCGUUAUUGACUGCAUGUAAAUGUAUUCCGUGUGUUCCUUCUGCCCUGCCUUUGGGCUUUAUAUCGCUUACUUUCUGUCAACAACAAAAAAAUGCCUUUAUGUUGCUAAAUUUUUGCCUUCUCUGCAACAUCUCAUUUAUUUGUAUUUUGCGUUGUUGCUUCUCAAAGCAACUUUUGACUGACUGUUGGAAACAGUGUCCUCUAGUGGUUAAUCGUAGACCUGCAUUAUGGACAAAUGGACUUGGCAAGUGCUUUCUAUCCCACCACGCAAUUCCCUUUUGUGAGCAUUACGCUCGUGGUGUUGUCUUCAGUAAUAAGAAUGGUCCGUAAUUGUCUUCAGUUAAUACUAUAUUAGUAUAUUCGACAGUAUUCUAUUCAAACGGUGGAACUAUCUGUAAAUAUAAUGGCCCAUCUGAACCCCCACAAACUGCUAUAGACGCCACACAUUUUUAACGUUGAUGAUUUUUCCACCAACAAAAAAAAAGUGCUUGGUUUAUUGAAAAUUAUCAUUCAAUAUUUGAAUUGUUUUAUCUUUUAAAAUGUCUGUUUUUUUGCGGGUAACCUGAUUCCGUGCGACCUGGGUUUGGGGGAUUAGGCAUGGGCAUUAGACUACAUUUCGUUGACAAACUUUUAAUUGAUGAGCAAUCGAAGAAUCUUUUUUAAUCAUAGUAAACAUUAAAGGAGAGACGUAUUGUGCAUUGUUUUUACAAUCUUGAACAGUUCCAAGGCAUUUAUAUAAUCUGUGGCACGCUUUUGUCAAAACACCCCAAGAAUCAUGAAUUGCAGCGCACUCCGCGCCCUGUUUCUUGUCUUCCUGAAAUUUGCUCGUUUUUAGGAGCAGGCCCUGUCUCCUGCAAGUGAGUUAGCCUUCAUCCUCAGCCAAGCCCAGCUUUCAUUACCAUGACAACUGGGGACAUAGCCUGAUCUUUGUAAAAUAGAGUCUUCGCAUGACUCCCCUUGUCAUCUCGCCUGCUAGUGUGUGCACAACAGCCGGUAGGAUGUUGCCGAGUGCGUGUGUUCCGAUGGCGUUCUCUUCUGCCGCAUCGCUCGGGUAACAUCAGCAAAAGUGUCCAAAAUCUGACCAAAACUGUUAAAUGCCAGAUUUUCUCUCCUUGCUUACACCCAAUUAAAUAAAAGUCACAUUUAAACAUAUAAGUGCUUUGUAAAAAAAAAAAAUGACAUCAGUGGUCUUCUAUAGACCAGCAUCUGUGCUGGUUGUAGUCAAAUCAUUCACUCCCUUUAGCCCCAAUAAUCAAUGCCAUGCGAUGGACGAGUUCUGAACCAUCACUUAAUCCUUGUGUUUGAUUGCCAUUUUUAAAUAUAUUUUAAGUUGAGUCCGGGAAAAAUGUACUUUAUUUGAAAUAUACCAAUUCAAUGGUUUACCUCAAUAUUUAAAAAGUAGUGUUGCUGCUCAUUGUAAAAUAAUAAAUAAAUAAAACCACCAAAAAAAAAAGAACUACAAAUGAUUUUAAGUUAGUGGUUUUGCUCUGGGCCAGGAAUAGAUGAAGGGAUUUGUGAUAGCGUUUUUUUUUUUUUUUUUUUUUUUUUUUUUUCUUCAAGUAUGUAUUUUAAAUAGGAUACGCUCUGGGACAAAAAUGCCAUUAGUUGACGUCACGGCGACACGUCAACGUAAUCAAACCGUAGAACUAGCUUUGUUUUUUGCCUUUUUUGCUUAAAUGAGAAUUCUAUCGUAAGAUAAUUAUGCAUGCGUUUUAAUAAGAUUAUAUGAUACGGUUUGAAGCCAGUUUUUUUUUUUUUUUUUGCCCCCUUUUUGUUUCAUGUCAGACUGUAUUUGAGCCUCUCGAGUGCGGAGGGAGGCGGCCGAGGUACUGCUGAUCAUGGGGUGCUGCGAAUGCGUGAUCGACGUCAUCCGUUUUCCGAGGACGUAUUAUGUAAAUACGUGAGAACUGCUGUUUUUAUGCCACGAGGGGGCGCCGUCAAUUCAGAGAUACAGUAAGGGGCGCCAAGAACAUUAUACCUCUUUUUCUACAGUAGCAUUUCAAGGA